AGCAAUGGCUUCAGAGAAGAAGCUCUCGAACCCAAUGCGGGAGAUCAAAGUUCAAAAAUUAGUCCUCAACAUCUCCGUUGGUAAAAGUGGAGAUUGUCUCACUAGAGUCGCGAAGGUGUUGGAACAGCUGAGUGGGCAAACCCCCAUUUUCUUAAAAGCUAGGUCUAUCGUUUGGUCUUUUGGUAUAAGUAUAAGAUGUAAUGAGAAGAUUACGUGCUACGCCACACUCAGGGGUGAGAAGGCGAAGCAACUUCUGGAGAGUGGGUUGAAGGUCAAGGAAUAUGAGCUCUUGAGGAGGAACUUCAGUGAUACUGGAUGCUUCAGUUUCAGUAUUCAGGAGCAUAUCGAUUUGGGUAUCAACUAUGAUCCUUCAAUCGGUAUUUAUGGUAUGGACUUUUAUGUCAUUCACGAACGACCGAGAUAUCGCGUUGCUCGCCGUCGUAGGUGUAAAUCUCAUAUUGGGAUCCAACACAGGGUCACAAAGGAGGAUGCUAUGAAGUGGUCCUCAACAAGGCUAAGACAAUAG